AUGUCUGUAAUCGACAGCCAAGUCCUCGCCCUGGGAGUCCUGUGCCCUGGGGACAGCCGGGUCUCUCGGCACCUGCUGUUUAAUGGUGACUGGAGGACAGUUGGGAACGGAUUAUCAUUGGACUCACAGGCUUUGAUACCUGACCUUCUGCUGGGUGCCGGGGUGAGGGUGUGCUGCCAGUUUCAGUGGAGUCUUGCAGGUCUGAUUUGUCUUCUUUAUUGCAACAUGGACGAAGGCACAUCAGUUAUCCUUGGGGAUGUGCAGCUCUUAUUGUACACAAGCGUAAAGGUCCGCUUAAGCUCUAGUAGCUGUAUUGAAACUAUGUCUCAGCUUUUAAUUACUGAAACACACAUUGGUCUGGUGCAGGAAGAUUUUGUCUUUGAUCCGAGCCCGCGCUCAGUCGCCAUCAGGCCCCGCCAUCAACAAUUUCGCAACUUGACUCUUCGUCAGCGCGCUAAUGUACGCUGCAUGGUGUUACAUGAUGAAGACAAGUGCGAAGUUGUCAGUCUGAAUCUAAUCUUUGCAAAUAUGAGGACCAGAGGUCACCCUGAAAGUGUGACGAAAGUAGCCACCCCGCCCGUGCUUGCUUCAAAUUCAUUUCCAGAGGCAGAGGUGUGGAAAUUAACUUUCACUUGCUCCACUGAGGCAGCAUGCCUGAUUAAUUAUUUGUCAAAUGUCUGA